AACAAGUAUAGUACCUUUGUGCUCUAGCUCCCUGGAGGGGUAGGUGCCGCCAGUAGAAUGACGGAACGUAGCGACGUAAGUCGGAUAGGUACCUAAUUGCUUCUUUGGCGAUUCCACCGUCAAGCAAACCACCUCUUCUCCUUCUUCCCACUCUGACCGGAGUAUCAACCUCCCCAAGAAACAAGAUCCAGUCCUCAGCCAGCCAGCCACGAUGCCGACCACCACCGCGGAAACGCUCUCGCUGGUGACCAGAAACGUCUCCGUCGCUCCGCUCGUCCUCCUCUCCGCCGUCGACCACUACAACCGAACAGUCACCAGCAAGACAAAGAGGCGGGUGGUCGGAGUUCUCCUCGGCCAGAAUGACGGCAAGAAUGUGAGGGUGUCCAACAGCUUUGCCAUUCCUUUCGAGGAGGACGAAAAGGACCCUUCAGUAUGGUUCCUGGACCACAACUACGUCGAAUCGAUGAACGACAUGUUCAAGAAGGUGAAUGCGCGGGAGAAGUUGGUGGGGUGGUAUCAUUCGGGACCGAAGCUCCGUGCCUCUGAUCUCGAAAUCAACGAGCUGUUCAAGCGCUACACGCCCAACCCGCUGCUGGUCAUUAUCGACGUCCAGCCGAAGGAGUCGGGCGUGCCCACCGAUGCGUACUUCGCGGUUGAGGAAAUCAAAGAUGACGGAACGACGACUUCUCGAACGUUUGUCCACACGCCGUCCAUCAUCGAGGCCGAGGAAGCAGAGGAAAUCGGAGUUGAGCACCUGCUGAGGGACAUCCGUGACGUCGCUGUUGGCACCUUGUCCACGCGCGUCACCAACCAGCUCCAGUCGCUCCAAGGACUGCAUCUUCGGUUACGAGACAUUGGAGCCUAUCUCCAGAAAGUCCUCGACGGCCAACUCCCCGUCAACCACGCGAUCCUCGGCAACCUACAAGACGUCUUCAACCUUCUCCCCAACCUCUCUACGCCAGAAGACGACAGCAAACACGAACUAUCACACGCCAUGAGCAUCAAGACCAAUGACCAGCUGAUGGCCAUCUACCUCAGCAGCCUGAUACGCGCCAUCACCGCAUUCCACGACUUAAUAGAGAACAAGAUCCAGAACCGACAGCAGCAGGACGAGAAGGAGCCGAAGAAGGACGAGGCCAAGGACAAGGACGAGAAGAAGGACGCGGCCGCCACCAACGCAAACGGGGAGUCCAAGGAGAGCAGCGAUAAGGAAAAGCCCAAAAAGAAGUAAUGAGGGGGAAAAGUGAAUCUGACGUCUCCU